AUGGUUAUAAGGCCUUUUGCCACUGAGAGACUGGUGGGUGCAACUAAGGGGUUUCUUUGGACGGUGAUUGCUGUAAUUGAUGCGAUUGUGCAUAGAGGGCGGUCGACGGUUGCGAUAAAAGUCUUAUCGGCCAACUACAGUCUGGCUGGAAGAUGUACGAAGAAUCUGACUGAAAGUCAAGUCAGUCAAGCCAGCAACUCAAAGUCUGCUGGCAACCAUACCUGGUGGCUCACGCCAAACAAAGUCAGGUCUUCAGCUUCUCCCUUCAUCUUCUACGUCCCCCGUGCCCCCACAGCCUUGAUUGGUACAGUCAAUGUUUUGUUGGUUCCUGUCAGCUUGACUUGUAUCACAAUGCCAUCUUCCAGUCAAUAUGAGGAGCCCUUGAUACACACAUGUAUUUCAUUCACUGGGUUAGGUGUAUUCAUUGCCUUUUUCAUAAUUAAUGGAAUUUUCGGUGCUUUCAUUGCUUUUUUCAUAAUCAAUCCAGUCUAUUAUGGUCCGCAUUGGGAGGGGCGUCGCCACCACAACAAUGGUGAUACCGCCCUUGAAUUCUAUGAACGCGAUGGGGAAUUCACAGCAUUUGACGUAUUAGCAAUUACAGAGCUCAACGAGGCGUAUAAACCUCAUCAGAAAACAGGUGUUCCCCCACCUUACUUGAAGCCAGGGCAGACCAUCCCCAACUGGAUGAUUGUCACAUCUCCCAACGCGGAUUGGAUGCCAUUUAUCUCUUUGCGACCCCGAGCUGUCCGGGCACAAGAGGACGGUCGUUUUGCCUGGGCAGAUUUCACUGUAUGCCCACAAUGGUUUAUCGACACCCAUUGGCAUCUCCCUUUCGUCAGAUCGCGUCCGCUCGAAGUCAAAAUCAAGGAGCAUGAACUCAGGUUCUGUUGGUGGGAGUUGCGAGAUAACCACUUUGUGGAAGCGAAAGGCUCUGCUUACCGCGAUCUUGGUACUCUGCGUGCCCCAACUGUAUCGCAAUGCUCUACUGAGCUGGUGUACCUGGUUGACUACCCUGGAAUGCCUUUCCCGACUGUGCUCACAGCAUGCCCUCGAAGUGGAGAUUACGUUAUAGCCUGCCAGAACUGGCAUGAGGGGCAUUUUGGUCCCACUGACGCUCAAGUCGUCGCCAAGGAGGCCCCAACUGGUCCUGCCAUGGUAGUGACUUUUCCAUCCGUUUAUUUAUUUUCAAUGGAUCACAAACAAUGUUUGUUUGGUGAACAUGCUCACCAAACAUGGCCACUCUCUUCCACCACCACCACCAUGCUCGUCACCGCCGCCAACGCCACGCCAUCACCGUCACCCAUAGCCACCACCGCCAACAUCGCUCCUCGAUCACCCAUGGCCACCACGACCACCAACAUCAACCACAACACCCUUCAACAACAACGCGGCGACGCCACAUCACGAAACAACGAGCGCCGUAACCCACGAAAACCCCCAACGCCCACGAAAACAACGCCCCCAGACACAAAACGACACCCAACGGGCACAAAACGACGCCCACCGCCCAUGUACACCGCCAGCGCCCACGAAAACCAUACCCCGCCCACGAAAACAUCCCACCACCCACCGAAAAACACGAGCGCCCACCGAAAAACACGCAGCUUCCUCUGGAAUUCCACUGGAAUGACUCUAUUCCUGCAGGAUUCCCCUGGAAUUCCACUGGAAUGA